UAAAGUUAUUGACAAAAGCAAGAUGGCCGCGUCCAUGGUCAGGGUGACAGGACUGCUUUGUAGAGUUCAUGGUGUGAUCCAAGCAAAGAGAACAUUGUGCACUUCUAAAACUCUGGUCCAGAAAAUCCCAAAUUCUCUUUGGAAACUAGGCCGUCUGAAUCACGUGGCAGUUGCCGUCCCAGAUCUGGAAAAGGCUCGAUCCUUAUAUGAGAAUGUUCUAGGAGCAAAAGUGAGCGAGACGGUGCCCCUACCAGAACAUGGGGUUUACACAAUCUUUGUUGAGUUAGGCAACACAAAACUGGAACUUCUCCACCCACUAGGAGAGAAAAGCCCUAUCUCUGGCUUUCUACAGAAAAACAAGGCUGGAGGAAUGCAUCAUAUCUGCAUUGAGGUUGAUGAUCUCAAAAGCGCAAUGGCUGACCUGAAAAAGAAGAAUAUUAGAAUUCUGAGUGAUGAGCCCAAGAUCGGUGCACAUGGGAAACCAGUUGUGUUUUUGCACCCAAAAGAUUGUGAUGGAGUCCUUGUGGAACUGGAAGAAUCCUAAGCCAAUCAAUAAGUGAUUAAGCCUCUAAUCAUAAAAACUGAAGCUUUAGCCCAGAAUUGCAAAUAUCAUUGGUAUUAUGUUAAGUACAUUGCUGAGAGAACAUAUCCGAGGAUAGAACGAUCCAUAUGUAAUACAUUUCUAGCAAACUUUGUUCAGAUAAAUACACAAAAUGAUUUG